AUGGAUGCUAUGGGAAGAUUGGGAGAAGACAUGAGAAGGCAUGUAGCAGAAACUCAAAGGAGUGGGAAGCUCAUUCCUAUCAUGGAUGGAUUGGGAGACAGUAAUGAUAAACAGAGCUGGAGAAAAAGAAUACUUGAAUUCCUCCUAGCUUUGCGGUCUGGAGAAUCAGGCAUAUUCUUACCCAUUGCAGAUGGCAAUUCACCAGCAUUUACUCAUCACCUAAUAGGUUUCAGGUGCUGCAGACAUCAUGCCAGGCACUAUGAUCCAUCCUUCACCUCUGCCCUCACCCCUAAGUUGAUCAUUGAUCUGCUUUACAAGAGGAGAACCAUCUCCUGGGGUGGCUGCCUGACACAGCUCUUUGUUGAGCACUUCCUGGGAGGAUCAGAAGUCAUCAUCCUCACUGUCAUGUCCUAUGACUGCUAUGUGGCCAUCUGCAAGCCUCUGCACUACACGACCAUCAUGAGACAGGGGAUCUGCCAGCUCCUGGUGGUGGUGGGCUGGAUGGGGGGAAUCCUACAUGCCACUGUGCAGAUACUUUUCAUGUUGGACUUGACCUUCUGUGGUCCCAAUAUCAUUGACCACUUCAUGUGUGAGCUUUUCUCAUUGUUGGAACUUGCCUGCGGUGAUACCUACUGGCUUGGCAUGGUGGUGACAGCUAACAGUGGGGGCAUGAGCUUUUUCAUUCUUUUCAUGCUCCUCAUCUCCUACAUAGUCAUCCUGAGCUCCCUGAAAUCCCAUAGCUCUGAAGGAUGA